CGGGGGGCUCCGCGAGGAGGAGGAGGAGAUGCUGAUCGACGAGGCGGGGGGCGGCGGCGGGAGCAGAGGCGGCGGCGGCGGCCCGAGGGGCGCCCUCUCGUCCUCCUCCUCGCUGCCCUCCCGGGUCGGCCCGGCCGGCGUGGGCGCCCCCCACCACCACCCUCACCCCGAGGAGCUGGAGGAGGAGGCCGGCCUGGGCGAGGGCGACCCCGGCGACUCCGCCAUCGAGGACCCGGAGCUGGAAGCCAUUAAAGCCAGGGUACGCGAGAUGGAGGAAGAGGCCGAGAAGUUGAAGGAGCUGCAAAAUGAAGUGGAGAAACAGAUGAACAUGAGCCCCCCACCCGGCAACGCUGGCCCAGUCAUCAUGUCUUUGGAAGAAAAGAUGGAAGCCGACGCCAGAUCUAUAUACGUAGGAAAUGUAGAUUACGGGGCCACUGCGGAAGAAUUGGAAGCCCACUUCCACGGUUGCGGUUCCGUCAACCGCGUGACGAUCCUGUGCGACAAAUACACGGGUCAUCCGAAGGGGUUCGCCUAUAUUGAAUUUUCCGACAAGGAGUCGGUGCGGACUUCGUUAGCAUUAGACGAAUCCCUCUUCAGGGGGAGACAGAUCAAGGUGAUUCCCAAACGGACCAACCGCCCAGGCAUCAGCACCACAGACCGAGGCUUUCCCCGGACCCGGUACCGAGGGCGAGGAUCCGGCUACAGCAGUUCCAGGGCCCGUUUCUACAGUGGCUUCAGCAGCCGUCCGCCCCGAGGGCGUGCAUACAGGGGCCGGGCCAGAGCGACCUCAUGGUAUUCCCCUUACUAAAAACAAAACAAAAAAACAAAACAAAACAAAAAAAAGGUUGUUUUAGGAAGGAGGAAAAAAAAAGGAAAAAAAAUGAAGAUUUGUUACCAUGACGGAAAAAAAAUUAUAUAUAUAUACAUAUAUAUAUACAUACUGUUGGCGGGAGGAGGUUGCUUCUUGAUGCUGUGCAGAGAAAGAGGGUUGACCUAUACGGGAGGGAGGGGAGAAAACAAACUUGUGGGUCGGCCGAGCUUGUUGUUAAAACUGCCUGGUAGUAUUGUCGAGAGUCUCUCCCUUCUCCGCCCUUCCUUCUCCUUUUUGCAGAUUUUUUGGGGGGGGGGGGAUUCUUCCUCUGUGUUUUUACAAGGGGGCAGGCAGUGCCUGGGAGGCUUUGGGAGGUUGUCCCCUCCGGAUUCUGUGACUCUUUUGUUUUUCUUCUCCACCCUUGCUCUCCAUUGCGUGUGUUCGUGUGUCUACAUUUGUUUCCCUGAUUGGUUUCUGCUGUCUUUUUGUUGCUUUGCUUUGCCCCUGCCCUGCCCUUCCUCCAACCUAACCAGAUUAGCCCGGAAAAAGCUGGCGUUCACGGCUUCGUAGCCAGAAAGAAGCUGGCUUAGCUGGAAAAAAAGUGGCAUUCACGGUUUCGUAGCUAGAAAGAAGCUGGCAUUCAUAGCUGGAAAGAAGCCGGCAUUGACGGCUUCGUAGCCGAAAAGAAGCUGGCGUCCACGGCUUCAUAGCUGGAAAGAAGCUGGCAUUCAUAGCUGGAAAGAAGCUGGCAUUUACGGCUUCGUAGCCAGAAAAGCUGGCGUCCACGGCUUCAUAGCCGGAAAGAAGCUGGUAUUCCUGGCUUCGUAGCCAGAAAGAAGCUAGCAUUCCCGGCUUCCUCGCUACCUUUUGCCCAAACAUCCCUCGCCCAAUCUGUUUCUGCCCAGGACAUCCUCAAAAAUGCCACAUCCCAUUCUGAGAUUCUUCCCUGUUUCUGCCCUCUUCCCCGUCACCCUUUUGGUCCUUUUCCCUGGAUUUUGCCCUGAACUCAAAAGCAUUGUUCUAACACCCCCCCCCCAAAGAAACCGGGGUGAUUCCCGUUUAAAAAUGGCUUCCUUCCUUCCUUCCUUCCUUCCUUCCUUCCUUCCUUCCUUCCUUCCUUCCUUCCUUCCUUCCUUCCUUCCUUCCCAGUGCCCACCAUUUCAGGUUGUAGGUGUCCUGUACCCCUCAAUUCUUCCUCCUUUCUCUCUUUCUCUCUCUUUCUCUCAAAGGGGGUUUGUUUUAUAUGCCUUGUUUGAGUGUCUUUAUCUUUACAGGUUCCUUUAUUUUUUAGCCUGAAGAAAUGACACCGAAACCUGAAGCUGUAGAGAAACCAGGGGUGGGGCAAAAAAAAAAAUUAAAAAAAAAUUAUUAAAAAAAAUCUCCCCGGAGGGGUUUGUUGAGUAUUGGGAUGACUUUAAAAAAAAGAAAGAAAAAGAAAACGGGAGGGGAAAAAAAAGAGGGAAAAAAAACCAUUUCAGGUUGGAGGGAGGGAAACAGAGGAAGAAGCCAAAUUGUUAUAAGGGUGGAAAAAAAAAUAAAAAAAUAAAGAUGUUUUUGGAAGAAA